GCCACGCGAUUAAUAAAUCUAAGAUUCUGGUUCCCCCUUCCUUUCAGCCAUUUUCCCCCUUCUUCUUCUCUGCUCCGCUUGGCCACCUUGCAGUAAUAUACUCCUAAAUCCUAAUAUAGUAAGUUCUCCCUCACUUCAAUAUUUUCUUCUUCCUCCACUCAAUUCAGUUUUGAAUGCUAUGCUGCGUCCCUUCAUUUUUCCUUAACAAAUGCAUAUUUAUAUUUUUGUGUUGUGAACAUUCCAACAAUAUUAAGAAUCAUUUAACAUUCUUUAUUUUUUUUAUCUCUCUUUUCGGGCUGUUACCUUGCAUAAAGAAUUUUUGUAUGUUGGCUUAUUCAUCGAUCAUCGCUUAAGUUGGAACAGUAGCAUUAGCUGUAAAUUGCCAAAUGCCAACGCUUGAGAAGAUUAUUUAUUGUUAGUUUCAACGACUGCCCUGUGCAGAAAUUAUAAUAUACUGAUGAAUAUUGAGAAAUGGUGUGCGGUGGUCUUAUUCUUAAACCUUAAUGAUCUCAUAAAAGAAACACAUGCUUUGACUUUAACUACUACAAUUUGUAGAUCAGUAGAUGUUAUUCCUUACAGUGUUGCUACUAUUACAAAGGCUUCGUAAUUUUGUUAAAUAAUAUUUAUUCAAAUGAAUAAGAUUUUAUUAUUGGUUAAAAAACAGACAUUAUAUUUUUUAACAUCUUUAAUAUAUUAAAUACCCAAUAUUUUAUUUUUAAUUUUUUAAUCAUUAUUGCAAAGAUAAAUUCCCAACUUUUAUAAAUGCAGGCAAUUUUUUUUUUCUUUCGGGGGUGAUUAGAAUUAUUUGAGUGGCACACGGCACGAAAAGGAUUUAAAAAAUAAUAGAAGUGCCCAAGUGUGGCUUCGUAUGGUUACAAAUCGUUAAAUAGAUUAUGUAUAGUUGUACACAUUGAAGCCUUCUAUAUGUUGCUCUGUUAUCUACUUUCUUGUAGAAUUUGAUUAAAAAGAAGCAUCCACCGUAAGCAUGUUCAACAGUGAGCUUCCACGAGUUGAGGGAAAAUAUGCUGCAGUUGUGGUCUGCUGGCUUCUUGGCAUAGGAUGUCUUUUGUCAUGGAACAGUAUGUUGACAAUAGAAGAUUACUACAUGGAAUUGUUUCCGAAAUACCACCCCUCUAGGGUGCUCACUCUUGUAUAUCAGCCAUUUGCUGUUGGAACACUUGCAAUACUGGCUUAUAAUGAGGCAAAACUCAAUACAAGAAUGAGGAUUCUGUUUGGAUAUAUUCUUUUUUUCAUAAGCACUUUGUUGGUGUUAAUUUUGAAUUUAGCAACAUCUGGUAAAGGAGGACUUGGACUUUUCAUUGGUAUAUGUGCAAUUAGUGGUGCUUUUGGAGUUGCAGAUGCUCAUGCUCAAGCAGGAUUGGUAGGAGACCUGUCCUACAUGCAACCAGAAUUCAUUCAGUCUUUCCUUACUGGUUUGGCAGCAUCCGGUGCAUUAACCUCUGCUUUGAGGUUAAUCACAAAGGCAGCAUUUGAGAAUUCUAAGGAUGGUCUUCGCAAGGGAGCAAUUCUAUUCUUUGCCAUAUCAACAUUUUUUGAGCUUCUUUGUGUUCUUCUCUAUGCAUAUAUUUUUCCUAAACUACCAAUUGUGAAGUACUACCGCUCAAAGGCAGCAUCAGAAGGAUCCAAAACUGUUUCAGCUGACCUUGCAGCUGGUGGCAUUCGGACACUACCUGGAGGAGACAGUGAAUAUACAAAGGAACCUGAGAGAAAAGGAAACAAGCAAUUGUUAUUGGAAAACAUCGAUUAUGCACUUGAUAUGUCCCUAAUCUAUGUGUUAACACUCUCUAUUUUCCCCGGUUUCCUGUCAGAAGAUACUGGAUCACAUAGUUUGGGCACUUGGUAUGCUCUCGUUUUAAUUGCAAUGUAUAAUGUGUGGGAUCUGAUAGGAAGAUACAUUCCAGUCUUGAAAUUCUUGAAGUUGGAGUCCCGAAAGUUGAUCACAGUAGCAAUUCUUAGUCGUUUUUUACUUGUUCCAGCAUUUUAUUUCACUGCAAAGUAUGGUGAUCAAGGUUGGAUGAUAAUGUUAACGUCCUUCUUGGGACUAUCCAAUGGUUACCUCACUGUGUGUGUUCUAACAGCUGCACCAAAAGGUUACAAGGGUCCAGAACAAAAUGCCUUGGGAAACCUAUUGGUUUUGUUUCUUGUUGGAGGGAUUUUUGCUGGGGUCACACUUGAUUGGCUGUGGUUAAUUGGUAAAGGGUGGUGAGAUCUCACUUGGGCAGAGUAAAGGUUCUGAGGCAAAAGAAUGAAGUGUUACAUGGUUUAAAGAAUGUUCUUUUGCUACUUCAAAAUAAUGAAUGGUUAAUUAAUGAAAACUUGUGAACUUCAGCGUUUAAAAUUGAAUUUAAACUUUUAAAAUAAUAAAUUUAUAUAUUUUUUUGGAAAAAUUUACUAUUUUUAAACCUUUUAACUUGGUUCUAAAAUUCCUAGUUAAUUUUAGUUUAUCGUUUGUUGUAAUCUAACAUUUGAUAAAAAGUAGUUUUCUCAUAGGGAGCCCCCGCAUCCAACAUCUGAUGAAAUGACAUUCUCUCUGUUCUUUUGGCAUAUUUAAAUUUGAUCUACAUUUUGGGC